AGACUCCAGAAUUUCUGUGUCCUCGAUAUCUGGGGUCUUGAAGCUGCAACUUCAAAGAACUAUAAUAAUUUUACUUUUACAGAGUUUAUGUUUAUUAAACGUAGCUUGGAGAGCAUGCCGGUCCUUGGGUCCAGGGCUCCUAUCUGACCCCAGUCCUACAGGUGGCAGUCUCAUUAGGCUCAGAGGCCCUGCUGCCCUACACGAGACCACUAGAGGGCGCGAGGCAUCCAGACCCGGAAACCCGCUGCAGCCCGGGCGGCUGAGGACGCUUCUUUCAAUGGAUAUUUAAGUGUCCACAGUGAAAGCUCAGGACUGGGGAACCCGAAGGAGACAGACAGGAGGCUGCCCAGCGUUCCUUCAGCAUUUACUGAGCUCGUAUGACGCCGCCAACCACGCACAGGGAGGAAGAAACUGACUACUGGAAGCGAGAACUGGUCACCGUGUGCCUAGAGAUAUUUACUAUUUCCAAAUCUUUUGAGAUCCCAUUAUCUCUUGAUCAACAAGAAGCCCGGCAAGUGGGCGUUCCAGACAAAGCCACUGAGACCGGCCAAGUCACGGGGACAACCUUCAGGUUGGCGGUCUCGGCAGGAACUAGCGCCGGGUUGCCAUGGCGUCGGAUCCAGCGGAGCCUCGGGGGUUGCGGUCUAGGACCAGGUCCCUGGUUACCCCGGAGACCGACCGCCAGUCAUGUGAUGCGGGAGGCUGGCGGUUCCCUUGAGGCUUCCGUAGUCGGGGCCGGUCACGUGCCGAGGGCUUGCACCCAGGGACUCCUCUGCCGGCUCCAACAUCACAUGAUCGGCUCCAGGGCAACAUGGCCGCCGCCGUGGUGCAGCGCUGGGGUUGAGCAACAGCGGCCGUACUGCGCCCCUACCCGGGCCUCUUCCCCUCGCAGGUGGAUCGUCGGCGGGACCGGAGCGCGCGCGGGCGCGGGCCCCCCGGGACCAUGGCCGGGUCCGAUACCGCGCCCUUCCUCAGCCAGGCGGAUGACCCGGAUGACGGGCCAGUGCCUGGCACCCCGGGGUUGCCGGGGUCUAUGGGGAAUGCGAAGUCCGGGGAGCCGGAGAUCCUGGACCGCGAGGGUUUGCAGCGCAUCACCGGCUUGUCCCCGGCCCGUUCGGCUCUCAUAGUAGCAGUGCUGUGCUACAUCAACCUCCUGAACUACAUGGACCGCUUCACCGUGGCUGGCGUUCUCCCAGACAUCGAGCAGUUCUUCAACAUUGGAGACAGUAGCUCUGGCCUCAUCCAGACCGUGUUCAUCUCGAGUUACAUGGUGUUGGCACCUGUGUUUGGCUACCUGGGUGACAGGUACAAUCGGAAGUAUCUCAUGUGUGGGGGCAUUGCCUUCUGGUCCCUGGUGACACUGGGGUCAUCCUUCAUUCCUAGAGAGCGUUUCUGGCUGCUCCUCCUGACCCGGGGCCUGGUGGGGGUCGGGGAGGCCAGUUACUCCACCAUCGCGCCCACUCUCAUCGCUGACCUGUUCGUGGCAGACCAGCGGAGUCGCAUGCUCAGCGUGUUCUACUUUGCCAUCCCGGUGGGCAGUGGUCUGGGUUAUAUCGCAGGCUCCAAAGUGAAGGAUGUGGCUGGGGACUGGCACUGGGCUCUGAGGGUGACACCAGGUCUGGGAGUGGUGGCUGUCCUGCUGCUAUUCCUGGUGGUACGGGAGCCUCCAAGGGGAGCUGUGGAACGCCACUCAGACUUGCCGCCCCUGAACCCCACCUCGUGGUGGGCAGAUCUGAGGGCUCUGGCAAGAAAUCCUAGUUUCAUCCUGUCUUCCCUUGGCUUCACUGCUGUGGCCUUUGUCACGGGCUCCCUGGCUCUCUGGGCUCCUGCGUUCCUGCUUCGUUCCCGCGUGGUCCUGGGGGAGACCCCACCCUGCCUUCCUGGCGACUCCUGCUCUUCCUCCGACAGUCUCAUCUUCGGGCUCAUCACCUGCCUGACCGGGGUCCUGGGUGUGGGCCUGGGCGUGGAGAUCAGCCGCCGCCUCCGCCGCUCCAAUCCCCGCGCUGACCCGCUGGUCUGUGCCGCUGGCCUCCUGGGCUCUGCACCCUUCCUCUUCCUGUCCCUCGCCUGCGCCCGUGGUAGCAUCGUGGCCACCUAUAUUUUCAUCUUCAUUGGUGAGACCUUGCUGUCCAUGAACUGGGCCAUUGUAGCUGACAUUCUGCUGUACGUGGUGAUUCCCACUCGACGCUCCACGGCCGAGGCCUUCCAGAUUGUGCUGUCCCACCUGCUGGGUGACGCGGGGAGCCCCUACCUCAUUGGCCUGAUCUCUGACCGCCUCCGCCGGAGCUGGCCACCCUCCUUCCUGUCCGAGUUCCGGGCCCUGCAGCUGUCCCUCAUGCUCUGUGCCUUCGUGGGGGCACUGGGCGGUGCAGCCUUCCUGGGCACCGCCAUCUUCAUCGAGGGUGACCGUCGACGGGCCCAGCUCCAUGUGCAGGGGCUCCUGCACGAGGCGGGGCCCACCGACGACCGCAUCGUGGUACCCCAGCGAGGCCGCUCCACCCGGGUCGCGGUGUCCAGCGUGCUCAUCUGAGGCGCCAUCACCCGCCUAUCUGCGUAUCUGCUGCAGCUGGCCCCGGGCCGCCCCAGGAGGACCCCUGGUCCCAGACCCUUACUCGGCCCGUUUUCAGGAGGAAGCCCUGGGCCGCGUCUCUGCUCCGACACUACAUGGGCAUCCCAGAGGAGGACAGGGGCCUGGGAGGGGGAUCCCUCUGCUGGGGCGGCCCCAGGGGCUUGGUGCUAUUUGUGAUGGGAAUAAAAUUUGUAGCCAGACCACAAGUGCCUGCUGGAAU